AUGUCUAGCAAUCGUUUUGCCGACCUAGCAAGCACUAGCAAAGCGACUCCUCCUGCUUCGACCUCCAAUCAACUCCAGGCUCCCGAGUCGUCAAAUACCUCCAACGCAUCCAAGGCAAGGAAGAGGAAGGGCCAUCGCGGCGGCAGGAAGAAGCGAACGCGUAGAAAGAGUUUUGCGGCAUUGGAUGAUGAUGAUCACGAUGAGGAUCGCGACGCCACAGGAGAGGGGUUCUUCAAUCUUCCGAGAGCCAACUUGAGUAAUACCAGUAUAGAUAGUGAGGCAUUGCUGGAUCAUCGGGACCAUCAACCAUUGCGUCCCCGUCGAGCAUCAACGACGCCAGCUGCCAGCGGCAUACCAGUCUCACCUUACUCGGGUUCAGCCAGUAACCGGCUACGAUCAAUACCAGCUGUCUCUGCCGAGGAAGAGCAUCCUGGCCAUACACCGUGGGACGAAAAUGCACCAUUACUCGGCGAAUCAGUGACUUCAGGUUACGGCGCAAGUGACGCAAGAUCAAACCAAACGAGAAGUCGUCGCGCGUCUAUCAAGUCUUCAACGACACGCCUAGGAACCUCGUCUGGGGCAAGAGAUAACUACGAUGUCAACGCCCCUCCAUCCAUGCCAGGCUCGCCUACUUUUGGUACCGCGGACCGUAUAGAACUAAGCUUGGGGGAUGUUAUGAUUCGGGAUGGGCUUGGGGCAAGUCGCGACGACUCUCCGCAUCGCAUGAUGGGUGACAUCGACAUUCUCUCCGAUAUGGAGGGCAUGGGUGACAAUCGCCCUGAUAUGGCCCGGCGAAUGGCAACCGGAGCUGAGCAAGACGUUUGCUUUCCUGCUCCUGGGAUGUCAGAGCUCGGAGAUGACGAUACACAAUCGCAGGCUCAUGAACACCGACAGUAUCGCACGCGCCGCCGCCGUGGUCAAUGGCCUGACUUAUCUGUGCUAGAGGAAUGGAGCCACAUGGAAAAGGAGGACCGAACGGAGGAGCGCCGUGUCAAGAGAAUCACAGAACCGCAGCUCAUCAACGGCCGCUUGCGCCCUGUGCGUAAGGGAUGGUAUCAGACGGACGAAGAGUCCCCAUAUCGUUUUACCUAUUUCAAUGAGGAGUUCCAGAGCACAAUCCACAGUCAGACUAUCUCUGAGCUGGUUCAGCCUGGUGGUGGCUUCCGGGAACUGUUUGUUCCAGAUCCUCGAGUUCUAUCAGACGACGAAUCAGACGAAGACGAUAUGGAACCUACACCUCUUCCAACAGGCUUGCGCCAUCAUAGCACUGCUCCAGAGGGUAACUCCAAAGUCCACACGCGCCAGCCAUCAUUGUCGACAGUUCAUGAUCACCAUGACUUGCGCGAAGGGACUACGUCGCCACUCAAGGAUCCUCUCGCCCAUGUUGCUUCAAGAAGCGAAUCUGGACGUGCUACACCUACUGGACGGAAGUCUGCGGAUGAAAGUGUUCGCGUUUCUCAGAACACUUCAGGCGAACCAAAGGAAAGGACUGUCAGGUACGGAGAAAGACCAGUCUGGUGGCUUGAUGUCCUCUGCCCAACCGAGCCUGAGAUGAAAGUCAUAUCUAAAGCUUUUGGCAUUCACCCACUUACUGCAGAGGAUAUUAUGCUUCAGGAGGCUCGCGAGAAGGUCGAGCUCUUCCGACAUUAUUAUUUCGUCAACUACCGGUCGUUCGACCAAGACAACAACAGUGAUAACUUUCUUGAGCCAGUUGAUAUGUAUGUGGUAGUAUUUCGCGAAGGCGUUCUCAGCUUUCACUUCUCCAAGACGCCUCAUCCCGCCAAUGUCCGACGCAGGAUCCGGCAACUGAAAGAUUAUCUCAUUCUUUCUUCAGAUUGGAUCUCGUACGCUAUUAUCGACGACAUUACCGACGUGUUUGCUCCCUUGAUACAGAAUAUUGAGGACGAGGUUGACGAAAUUGACGACGCCAUCCUGAAGCUGCAUUCGUCUGCUGAUAAGCGACUUAACGAGACCUCCUCCAAGAAUGAUGAUGCACUUACAAACUCAGAUCCAAGCACAGAUAUGCUUCGGCGAGUGGGAGACUGCAGAAAGCGAGUCAUGAGUCUAUACAGGCUGCUUGGCAACAAGGCGGAUGUAAUCAAGGGAUUUGCUAAGCGUUGCAAUGAGCGGUGGGAGGUUGCGCCACGGUCUGAGAUUGGUUUGUAUCUCGGUGACAUUCAAGACCAUAUCGUCACAAUGACAGCCAACCUGGGUCACUAUGAAAAAAUACUGGCUCGAUCUCACGGUAACUAUCUCGCACAGAUCAAUAUACGGAUGAAUGAGCGUCAGGAACAGACGGCAGAUGUUCUCGGCAAGCUCACUGUUCUCGGUACGAUUGUGCUCCCCAUGAACAUCAUCACGGGUCUUUGGGGUAUGAACGUAUGGGUACCAGGCCAGGAAUACGAAGGAGACCUUACGUGGUUCUUCUGGAUUACCGCUGGUCUGUUGUUCUUUGGUCUGGCAUGCUACAUGAUUGCCAAGAGAGUGUACAACAUUGUUUAA